AUGUCCCUCCAGACCCCCCGCGUGCUCCCCUCCCACCUCCAAUCCUUCCACCCCUCGACCGCCAACGGCGCCCGCGCCACAAACACCGUCCGGCUGCUGGGCACGGUGAGCGCUCUGCGCGGCGACACGGCCACGCUCACCUGUGGCAACAACGGGGACGUCACGCUCGUGCUGCAGCCGUCGUCGCAUCUGCAGAUGGGGAAGCUGGUUGAGGUCGUUGGCAAGGUGACCGAUCUUGACGGCGGACAGGGUAUUGGUGUCAGAGUGCUUGCGACGUUUGACUGGGGGAAUCCGAGUGACUGCGAUUAUAAGAUCUACGAGCAUGUCGUUAACGCUACGCAUAAGUUCAAGUCGCUGUUCUACGAUACCGAUUAA